CGUGCGGGUGCCUGGGGACCUUUUAGACGUGUCGCGUAUCUUGGAGCCCAUGACUUCACUGCCGGCCUGCUCCGAUUCAUUUUCUCGACUCGGGAUAUCGCGGCUGUGAGAAAUGGGAGACGAUGAUGUGUUUAUCCCGCCAGAGUGUCAUCAUCAUUCGAUAUAACCAAAACCAUUCCAAUCACUGUGCCGGACAAUGAACCAGCAUUCCAGCUUCCGCCAUGGGGGUAGGCGCCGUUGCAGUUCUACUGCUCGCCGUGCUGACAGUCUUGCGCGCCCUCCGCAAUUAUAGUCGUCUACGUGCUAUCCCUGGUCCUUCAGUCGCUGGAUGGUCGGACUUUUGGCGCAUAUGUGUUCGCAAUAAAUCUCACUAUGGUCGGCGUCUGUCGAGUCUUCACCGGAUAUAUGGCACGGUUGUGCGGUUGGGACCGCGCUUCCUCAGUGUCGCAGACGGAACGAUUAUAGGUCAUCUAGAUCAUGGGGUCGAUGGCGGGUCACCAGAACUCCAACAUAGAAAUACAAUGCCCUUGAAUAGCGUCACCAUCAGCUCGGACACUCUUCAGACAACACAUCCUACCUGGGAACGCUCUCAGGGGAUACCCGAGUACGAAGGAGUAAUCGAUCCGUCCACGAAACAACUCAUCAAAGCGAUACGAAGAUACCGUGUGUUGGAUAUAACCUCGUCACUGCGCAUAUUUGCCACGACGUUUAUAAACCAGCUUACUGCUGAUGGUUUACUACAAGAAAGACAUAACAAUUCGAGGGGAAGCGGAAGCAGAUGGCUGAGUGUAUUCUCGACAGUUGAAUACAUGCUCAUCCGAAGCCCGGUGACGGCACUGAAGAGAGAUCGCGGACGUCGGCUAGCAACCUGUGCGACAUUACCAGUCGCCGCGCCUACUGUUUCUGUCGGAGAGAAUGGUGCAGGUAGCUCAACUGGCACUUUACCUAGCCAACCACGGCCGUGCGAUGGAAGCCGGACGAGGCCAUCUCCUAAUGCUGUGCGUGGAGCCCAUGGUGCUGCGGCUACAUUCGUAUCGUUAUUCUACUUUCUAUUGAGGCACCAGGACUUUCUUGAUAGACUUCGGUUCGAGAUAGACACUUCGUUUGGCAUUGGAUCGCUGUCAGACAUACCUCGGUGGAGAGAGCUGAACAGAUUAUCCUAUCUUGAUGCCGUGCUGAAAGAGACGAUGCGGCUGUCAGUGGAUUUUGAAGAGGAGAUCAAAGCAGCAGUAGAUGGUGUCACAGUGGCAGGGUUUUCGGUUCGCAAAAAUACGAUCCUAACAUGGAACUCCCAUGUUCUGCACUUCGACAGCGAGACAUUUGGGAAUGAUGUCCAUUCAUUUCGACCUGAGCGGUGGCUUAUGGCAGAUGCACAACAGCGAAGCCGGAUGGAGCAGGGAUUGAUCUCCUUCAACCGCUGCGUGCGCGACCAUCCCGAAGCCCAGGUGGUUUGGAUGGAAUUGAAGAAAGUUGUUGUAUUGAUUCUUAUGAAGUUUAAUGUGAGUUGCACGAGGGAAAUACUGCCAGCUCAUCACUGACUGGAAUUGGUAAUAGACGCAGCUUCUUCAUGCCGCAGAGCCUAGCAUUGACGCCGAAGACAUUUUUACUCCGCCUUCUCUUAUCGUUGGAUUUACCCCGAGAGUUCCUGGAUUUUGAGAGUACCAGCUUAUCCGACGCACCUCUCUUUCGUUCUUCUUUUUCUUUCUAGGGCAUUGAUGCCGUUUUGCUAUCUUUGCAUUUCUACUUGCUUAGUUAAGAUACCCAGAUAAAGCAAUUGCCAUACGAUUCUUGCCUGCAAUCACAGCCUUACUGCCUAUCCUAGAGCGACUUCCCACCAAAUUAUCAUAUAACAAAUUACUGCAAAGAGAUACCCCAUGCUAAGCUUUCUAUACGACCACCACCCUCUACAAGCAAUGCCAAGAUCCGGAACGGCGCGUACAAUCGCGUCAACCAGCGGCCGCUGACAGCACUCGUCUACCACCUACAUGGGCAUCAACAUACCCAGCAACCCAGCAGAAGACCAAGAUUAUCCCAAUGAACUCCAUAAUUCACUAC